ACGGAUUUGAUAAAAGAGCUACUUUCAAAGUACAGCGCGGUUUCGGGCAAGUCGUGGCUCCAACAAGAGGGUUCAAAGCACUUCAUUGGGCGAGGUCUGUUAAUGGCCAACGGCCAAAACUGGCACCACCAGCGCCACAUCGUCGCGCCGGCCUUCAUCGGGGACAAGCUCAAGAGUUACGCGGGCUACAUGGUGGAGUGCACAAAGGAAAUGCUUCAAUCAAUAGAAAACGAGGUAAAAUCAGGGCGAUCCGAGUUCGAAAUCGGCGAGUAUAUGACUACACUCACCGCCGAUAUAAUCGCCAGAACCGAGUUCGAAAGCAGCUACGAGAAGGGAAAGCAAAUCUUCCAUUUGCUAACCCUUUUGCAACAUCUCUGCGCUCAGGCCAGCCGCCACCUCUGCCUUCCCGGUAGCCGAUUUUUUCCGAGUAAAUACAACAGAGAGAUAAAGGGAUUGAAGGGGAAAGUGGAGGAGCUGUUAAUGGAGAUUAUAGAGAGCAGAAGGGAGUGUGUGGAGGUGGGGAGGAGCAGUUCUUAUGGGAAUGAUUUAUUGGGAAUGUUACUGAAUGAAAUGCAGAUGAAGAAGAAAUUAGGUGGCAAUGGGCAGCUUAGUAAUUUGAAUUUGCAGAUCAUAAUGGAUGAAUGCAAGACCUUCUUCUUCGCUGGCCAUGAAACCACUGCUCUCUUGCUGACGUGGACUGUAAUGUUGUUGGCCACUAACCCAUCUUGGCAAGACAAGGUCCGAGCUGAAGUCAUGUCCGUCUGCAAUGGCACAACUCCCGCUCUUCACCAUCUCUCCAAACUUUCUUUGUUAAGUAUGGUGAUAAAUGAAUCGUUGAGAUUGUACCCGCCAGCAAGCAUUCUUCCGAGAAUGGCGUUCGAAGAUAUAAAACUAGGCGAUCUCGAGAUUCCGAAAGGGCUGUCGAUAUGGAUUCCAGUGCUGGCAAUUCACCACAGUGAUGAGCUAUGGGGAAAAGAUGCAAAUGAGUUCAAUCCUGAGAGAUUUGCGAAUUCAAAAGCCUUUACUUCUGGUAGAUUCAUUCCCUUUGCUGCUGGGCCUCGCAAUUGCGUUGGGCAAUCUUUUGCUCUCAUGGAAACCAAGAUCAUAUUGGCCAUGCUCAUCUCCAAAUUCAGCUUCACAAUCUCUCAAAAUUACCGUCAUGCCCCCGUCGUCGUGCUCACUAUAAAGCCCAAAUACGGCGUCCAAGUUUGCUUGAAGCCUUUAAAUUAAUCAAUUUUCUCGAGGGAGAGUUCCUUUUUUUCUUCUUUUUGAGAUGAGGGAUCUGGUCAUUUUC